AUGAACCGAGGGCUGACUUUCCUUUCCCCCUGUAGGAUAGGAGACGAGCCUUACACUCUUGGAUUAUUCGAUACCGCCGGUCAGGAAGAUUAUGAUCGUCUACGACCCCUAUCAUAUCCGCAAACCGACGUCUUCUUAGUGUGUUUCAGCGUCACAUCGCCCGCCUCCUUCGAGAAUGUUCGAGAGAAGUGGUUCCCCGAAGUCCAUCACCACUGCCCCGGCGUACCCUGCCUCAUCGUCGGCACGCAAACAGAUCUGAGAGAUGACGCCAGCGUACGAGAGAAGCUUAACAAACAGAAGAUGCAGCCGGUGCGCAAGGAAGACGGUGAGCGAAUGGCCAAAGAGCUGGGUGCGGUCAAGUACGUAGAGUGCAGCGCCCUCACCCAGUAUAAACUGAAGGACGUAUUCGACGAGGCCAUCGUCGCGGCGCUAGAGCCUCCCGCGCCGAAGAAGAAGCCACACAAGUGCUUGAUUCUUUAAUGUGGCUUAGUUGGACAAGCCAUAGACAUUUCAUCCUUCGUUCCUUUGAGCACGACUAACAAGCUCACGCAAGUAUUGGAAGGUAUAAGGAUAUGUCACUUUGGGCUUUUCCCUCGACAUCUGCAUUUCUCGUAAUGGGCGAUUUUUUAGACAUGUACGCUUGUGAUAGCACAAGUGGAUAGGAUUCAGAAUGAAUCAAACUACACGCGGAAGCAUACCGCCUAAAUGAGGCACGGUUGGAAGAGCUGGACCAGAGAUGCCCGUACAAAGGGUUCCAGUUCUAGGCCACCCGGGGCAGGAGAAGCCUCUUACAGUCCAGAAAGUAUGUUGAGGUACGGAAUAU